AUGCGCCAGUUGCUCCAAGCGGCAACCCUAUCACCACCGCCACCACUGCCACCACAAUCGUCAGAGGAUACCGGCGUGGAGGGAUGCGUGGGCUACACCGCAGCUGUGCGAGCGUGGCUGGACAACCAGGGCGGGCGUUCACGUUUUAUCAACCUGGACAUCUCAUCACUUGUGCUCUUGAUAUCAGAUGUGAGCUAUGGGCUGUCACCUGCACGAACGUUGUGCGAUCCGCUCCUGGUGCAAAUGGCGGAGCAAGAGGCCGAAAAGGCAGCAAUGCCGGGCGUGUUGACCCACAUAUGGGGGCGACACCUGCUUGUGUGUCAGACAGCGCGUGACGGGUUCAACUCCAUUGUGCGCACCAUUGCUGGACCCCGCGAGCGGGCAAGAGCGAAGGUGCUGCUGGAGCGCUGUUCAUUUGUCGGCGACCUCAAAGCCCAAUCUGUGGCCGCACUCCCAUUGACAGGCAAAGUGAAGCGGCGAACAAAGGUGGACACACCAGCACCAACUUACUGGGAUAUGCGCGUGCACCUACCGAGCAACACGUAUCAGCGUGUGGGCGGUGCACACUCGAUUGCCAUGCACGCAUGCAUCUGCUUGCGGCUGAGCACCCAGGGCGGGCGUUGA